UCGGAUUCAGGCCAGAUUAAAUUCUCAUUGUGCAGCUGGGUGUUGAAAGCAAGGCUCGUGAACCUCAUCCCUGCUUGGGACUGAUAGCAGAGGUUAUCCAGGUAGGCAUAAACACUCCUGUCUGUCCGGGGAGUGUGCAAGCUGCACUCAAUCAGUGUGCAGGCAUGCAGUAAUUCAGGAUAGCAAAGGAAGGGAAAAGCCUCCUGGAAUGCAGUCCAUGAGCAGGAAAACGCAUAAUUAAAAUAAUGCAUAACUAGCUUGUGUUUUUCCCUUAACAUGUGAAGUGGUUAGGUGUAAUCCAGGAGAUCACUGAGGAAAGCGCAGUGGAGAGGGAGAACUUGAGCCAACCAGAAUUACUAGGGUAUUUAUUAGAGGACUUUUGGUUUUAAAAUAUAAAAAUUGUGAAAUGUUUUUGUUGCUUAGAGCUCACAGUUGAGGAAGUGAGAGUUGUUGCUGAGGUGAAGCGUGGAGCUCUCCUUUGGUCAAUCAGGUUGUUGCUGUCUUUGUGUGUUACUGAACCGGGCUUUUCCAAUUACCUGCUCUAGUCUGGGCACAUCAGUACCCUUCAGAGAGACCAGUCCUACUUGUUCCAAGCUGCGUAUGACCAAGGAAGCUGGACGGCAGUUGGGGCUGUGGAGAAUGGUUUAGUACAAGAUGUGUGUUUGACAGGUCGGUUCUAGAGACCUGUAAACACUUGAUGUAAAAAGCAUCACUGUUCUCAUUUUGCAUAGUCACUUCUUGGAGAGGCAGAGGUGGGCUUUUCUGGUAGAAAUGAAGGGAUCUACUGCUAUAGGAGGCAACAGUUUACCUGCUCUUUUAGUCUGUGUUUCUUCAGUGCUUGUGCCUGGCCAGCUCUGGACUUGCGCCCCGCAGCUCCAGACGGGAAUCUCAGGCCUUAAGCAGGCUGGUGGGCUGACUUGCUUCCAGGGCUGUGCACAGCCAGGCUGAAUGGAGAGUGAUUAGCGCAACCCUCAGGCUUGCAGGGCCUAGGAUCAAAGGCCUCCCUCUGGGAGUCACUGAUGGAGAACAUCAUCCAAUAUCUUUGUGUCUGAUCGCUUCCUAAUCUCAGCACUAGUUGUUCUCGAAGUUCCUCUUCUGGAUGGCAGGGACUGAGGGACAAGGAGGACCAGGGGGAGGAGCAUUAGCAGAGCAGGUCUCUGCUCUCUGAACUCCAGCGUAGCAUCCUGAGGGUGAAUUUCACACCAUUUUUUGUUUUGCUCGCCUUUGUUUUGCUGGUUUUUUGUUCUUCUACUCUGUCAGAUUCUGGGUCUCGCUCUAAAACUGUACCUUUGCCUGCACUUUUAUGCCCACAGGUAAUAGGAAACCAGGGUUUCAAAAGAAAACCUGAUGCCGUUGCGAGAUAAUAGCAGUUUCCUAAAUAAAUGUGUGGUUGCCCCGGGGGUUAGGUUGUUACCAGAUGUACCUUUUCUUGAUUGGUGAGAACAGGAGAUGACGCUUCCUGGCGUAUAAGUGCAAGAGAAAACACAGGAGCACAGAUAAGCAGAGCAAGCAAGCCACCUGGAAAGAAGACUGGAGAAGGUGUUAAGGCAGCUGCCUGCCAUGGCAUUUGGAAUGCUAAUCUAUAUUUUGCUGAAAGUAAGCAUCUAUUUGCAUUACACAGCAAUGGGGGCACUGAGUGAAGAGUCAGCUAUUACUGCUUCAUCCCUCAGCACUGACUUAUGGAAUAAUUGGACAAAAAACAACACUGAAGUAGACUACACAGAGCAGCCAAAGCUCUUGAAGCUGAUGCAGAGCUGCCUUGAGGAGCACCACAGCUAUUGUAUCAACGGGCUCUGCGCCUUCCACAGUGAACUGAGGAAGCCCAUAUGCAAGUGCCUUGCAGGUUAUAAUGGAGAGAGGUGUGAACAUUUAACACUAAAUUCAUAUGCCCAUAAUUCUUACGAGCGCUACAUUGCUGUGGGAAUUGGUGUAGGAAUACUGACCAGUGGAAUACUUGCCAUCAUCUACUGCUAUGUAAGAAAGAGAUGCAGGAAACUGAAAUCACCCUACAAAGUGUGCGUGGGCGAGACAGCGUUGUGAAGCCCUGGUGCUGGGACACUCACCAGUUUGCCUGCAAAGGAGGGGAUGUUCUGCUGGGAAGGCCCCCUGCACCAUCGGACAGGUACCCCGGCCUCGCUGAGGAGACGAACUCGAGGGAACAGCAAAGGAGUGCUCAAAGGGAACUCCCGCAGGACUGACAGGCUCUGUGUGUUGUUGAAGAAAGACUUCCUCUCUUGGGUGAGGGUGGCUCAUGCUCAGGUCCAAGCAGCUGAGGCCACUGGCAGGCCUCUCGGCGCUCUCUUGUGCCCGGUGUUUGCCGUGGGGAGGACUGGUUGGUUUUAGCUGUUUUCAGUCAUUUCAAGCACUCGUACAGUGUUCUGCUUUGGUCUUUUGUGUGUUUUGUUUGGUUUUGUUUUCUUCUUUUUCCUCCUCUGGAGGAAAAGCACCACCUCCCUCACAGUGGAGCUGUAUUCUGGACAUCAUGCACUGCCCAGAAACCAUUUGGGUUCUGAUUUUGGUGUAUGCUGGCUGUGUGUGUGGAUAAACAGCCCUCUCCCAACCCAGCAGUUACCUUCAGUGUGCUGGGCCAAGUGUGGGCUUCUGGUGCCAUAAAGGACAAAAAAAUGCUUUGGACUAAGGAAAAUGGCUGGUUCUCAAAACUUUGCUUAAACUUAGGAAUAUAGAGAGUAGGCAAUUCCUGGAAAAUUAGACCAUGACACCUCUGGGCAUGGCAUGUUCUUAUUGUUUUCAUGAGCAAAGCAACCAGAUGCCUUUCUCAAAAUGGAUUAUGGAGUGUGCUCGUGACAAAGAACUCUCCUCUUCCCAAACAUCCUAUGGCAGCUCCUCAGUUCCAUGGAAUUCCAGGCAGAGUAUUGCCUUGCUGCACUCUGAUUUCUGCACAAGACUUGAAUUGCUAGAGAAGUUGGAAUUUUGUUAUGAAACUUCAGUACAUCUUUUCUCAGGAAACAGACUUCCUCUAUUCCAUUCUUGUAUUAUGGGCACAAUGUGACCACUCAAAUAAGAAAGAAAUUAUCUUAGGGAUUCAGUUCCACCCUGGACUAACAGAUUCCAUAUAGGAUGCUUGGUUCUCUUCAUCUUAUCUACAAAGAAUUGGGAAGGUACAAAGACUUGAUUCAAGGAAAAAGGAAGAAAAUUGGUUCUGAAGAUGGUGGCACUAACUGGGACUUCUCACUGACAGCUGGAGUGUUCGCCAGUGCUGAUGUGACUGGAGAUGGCUCUCAAAGAUUUUCAUUUCAGCUGUUGCACAUUGUAGGCUCAUCUGCUGUGCUCAGCCACCUACCAGAGAAAGGCAGUUGGUACUUUGAGAUCUUGUGGGGUAAUAUCGGCUCCUAAAUUCAGGUGCCCUGCUGAAAGCUCAGUUUCUUUGUUGUGAGUUGAUUUUCACAACAAGGACGCAUGUGGUUUGUUGAAAAAACUGUGUAUUUGUGAGACUGCGGUGACAAUGCUGAAAUGUGUAUGAAAGGUGGGGUUCGAAAGGGUAAAGGUGCGUGUGGCACUUGAAUGGUCUGAAGCUCAGGGGGCUUCUCAUGUUGGGGUCCUGGUCAGUAGCUGAGCCAUCUUGGCUCUGUGAUACCAAUAAAUAAAACAGCACGUCACACACUGCUUGGAAUCCCAUGUAACAGAGGGAGAAGCAGCAUGUGCAUACACAAAAAGGAUUGCUGGUGAGGAGAUGGAUGGACACCAGUCCUCUCCUCUGCACAUUGACACCAGCGUUUUCCAGCUCUCAGCCUUUUUGUCUUCUUCAUCUCCAGUCAAAUCUUCAAAUCUUUGCACUGUUUGCUCCUUUUCAUUCUUCUGACCUUUUCUUAGGUGCCACAGAUAACUUGUGCUCUUCACAGUCAUCAGGUCAGCUUUCAGUAGUGGCCCUAACAUCUUGUGUGUCACACGUAUGUGGUGAGAAGGCAAUUAGAUGUGAAUUACAGUCUGCACAUCCUCACAAACAAAAAACACCGUUCACCCCUCUCACAUGGAAAUUGAAAACGUGCAUGUUAUCAGGAAAACAAGGUGAGAGAUCUUUCUCAUUGGUCUCAGAGAAAAUUUUAGAGCUGAAUAUCCAAAGGAUGAAAAGCCUUAGAGUUUUUAUCACGUGAGUGAAUCUCCCUCUCACCACUGAGUUGUCUCUUCCUGCAUGCACACUGCCAGUGUUGGGUUCACUUCCCAAGGACCAGCCCUUCUCCGUUGCAGAGGCUGUGUCUUGGAGCAGGCACACACCCUACACAACUGGCUCAGGGGGUACGUGCACUUGUCACAGAAGUUCUGAGGGCAGGAGUUAGAACAACUGGACUUCACCCUGCCCAAAGAAAACUGUUGGAGAGAGAUGCAUUCGUACUGAUGUUUGUUAUACCCUUUGUGUACCAGUGGCCAGGAUAUGCAAGUGCCUCUUCAGGGGUAUUUACUCAUUGCAUUGAGCCAUUUUGUACCUACAGCAACAUACACUGACUUCAUUUUUUCCAUGUUCGGUUAAACAGAAGCGAAAAGGAAGGUUUACUUACAGGCCACAGUUUAGCAGGAGACUACAUAGUGAAUAUGGUUUUCUAGUUGGCUUUCUGGCCCAAGGCGGCUUUGGAAGUGAGAGUUUGCUAAUAUUUUUCUGCUAGUAGAAGAAAAGCUGGAGAGUGAAACACCAGAUGAGCCUGUGCCAUGCAAAAUGAGACUGUGUGUCAGGGCAGAAUGAGAAUAAAAUGGAAAGAUGAAGAUGGGAAGGAAGGCAGGAAGGAAGGAAAGGAAGGAAAAGGAGAUGUUUGCUUUAUUGUAGUUUCCAUUUUCCAAGUGGUGUCAAGGCUUCCAGCAUUGGGUUCCUCGCCACCUGGGUGCUGUGUGCCCGUCCUGCAGAAGCACAGCCUCAGAGGCGGCCCCAGCUGUGUGUGAGGCAUCGCUGUAUGACUGACUCACGGUGCAGUUUGGCUGAGGGAGUCUGCAUGGCCUCUAAUCGCUUCGUGGAGUCAGCCCUGCUGAGCCCUGCCUUGAUAAGUGACAGAUGCUGCCAGCCUGGAAUGGUGUGUUGCUGCUUACAGUGCUGAAUUUCCUGCAGAACUGGCCCGUCAGAGGAUCAGGAUCAUCUUUCCUGGCUCAUUUAUCAGGCUCAGACUCUUUCUGUAGUGGCAUAAUUAAGCUUCUCCUUCCCAUUUCAGCUGCACGUGCCAAAACCUGUCAUUUCAAGAGGAGGCCCUGUGUUUGUGUGACUUCUAGGCAGGCCUGCCUCGGCUGUGAGUGGCAGCAGCUCAGCAGGGCCAAGGCAGAGACAUCAAAGACCAGGAUCUGCCUUUAUGAAGGACAGAGCACUUGCCCUGUGCGUGAUCCUGGCUGGUGGAACCACAGUGGCUUUUCCUGCCAGCACAUCUCUCAAACUGAGUUGCCCUUAAGACACUCAGCCCUGAACCUCCUUCACUGGCAUCUGCAGCCGCUGUGCAGGUGUGCUGGGCUUCCACUGGAACACCUUCCCUGAAUUCAACUCCCAUUUUCUGCUCAGGUGUGUGGGUGGCCUGCAGUUUCCCUGAUCCCAGCAAGGUCUGUUUCAAACAGUGAGAUGCAAGCCUGGGAAAAAGAUGGCUUUAAAUACACUGCCUUUGGUUUGGGAGGGAAGUGUAAGGAGCUGGAUUGAUGCUCUAAGUGCGCAGUGUCCCUGUCCUGCCUGCCUGCCCAGGCACACUGGUGGCUGGCAGGCAGGUAGGAGACAAUUUUUCCUUGGAGAUUUUCUCUUAUGCCUAGUAACCCAGAGUAUAUUUGGAUAAUGACACAUCAGGGUUUCUUCUCCAUCCCACUUACAGUAAAAGUACAAAUCUGAUUCGUGCUGCUGCAGCCAGCACAUGGCUACCUAAGUACAACCUUGUGUACUAAGAACUAGCUGUGAAACUGGUUACUUGCUAGUGACUCUCAACUUCAUGCAAAAAAAACCCAACCCAAAACCCCCCAAAAAACCCACCACAACCCGCACCCCAAAAAAAACCAAAGCGAAAAAUCAAACCCGAAAAAUCAUAUUCCUCUCGGCAAAAUUUUAUCGAUUUGUAAUUCUUUACACCCUUUAUAUGUUUUUUUUCAUUUCUGGUCUAUGAAAUACACUGUAGGUGGCAAAGCAUCCCACAAGUAAAAGGCUAAUUUGGCAAAAUAAUUGAUUUAAUAAUUAAGUUCAGAAUAUCUCCUGUCACCUCUGAAGCUCACAAUUCUUAAUGGAUUGCCUUUAGACCAUCCCAAGGAAACAAGGCUUUGAGAAUAAUGUGCUGUGGAGAACUGAAACAAGGAAGGAUUAAAGUCACAUGAAGGACAGGCAUCAAACUUCAAAUCUUUUUAAAAAGUAGAUCAUUCUUCUGUGAGUUCUUUUAAGACAUGGUGCUUGGGUAGAUCAAUAGCACAAUAAGUGUUGAGAGAGGGAAAAGACGGAUCAGACUUUUAAAAAUGCAAGUUUGAUGACAAAUAGCAAGUUUCUUUUUGAAUAUUCAUUUCAGUUCUCUCGUGUGAUGUGAAUGCAGAUUUUCUGUUUGUGUUUUAACUUUUACAGCUAUUCAGAAAAGUAUCAUGUCAAAGUGUCAGUGUUUGAAACCAGACCAUUUACACGAUGCAGAUAAAUAAUCUGAAGGCUGGAUUCAGUCAGCUCUGGCCUUGUCAUAGGCAGGGUCUUCACAGCCCUGCUCAUUUCAGUGAAUGCUGGCGCAGAACCCAGCGCUGGCUGCUCUGCAGUCUGUGUGUCACAGAGUUCCAGCGUUGCUUACUCUUACCCAUCCUGAGCCUUGCUCGGAACAGGGAAACGCCUGUAGAGGUCCCUAUUGUACUGCAAAUCCAGGAAACCACUUGGGACUCCUCCUUUACGACCCAGUUAACAAACAAACAAACAAAAAGUGCAGGUACUCAUUAAAAGCUCAGUGUAAGUAGUCAUUAAUUAUCAUGACAGCAAUAAAACCUUGUACUAUGACUAGACUUGGGGCUGCUCCUACUCUCGCUGAGCUGAGUGGGAGCGAGAGCAGGUUCUGUCAGCAGCAGAUCUUGGUGAGCUGAAGGAGGUGUGCACGAGAGGGAACUGUUCACUGGGCUGGUUUGGGAGCACUGGUACUCCAGGCCCUUUUGGCUCUUGGCUGCACUGGUGGGAAGAGCUCACUCUGUGUGGCUGCUGGGGUUGGGAGCUGGGACACAGGCUGGUUUUGGUUCAGAGCAAGGUUUGACUUGGUAUGAAGCCCAUGGCCUGUGGGCAAGCAAACCUCUAAAUGAGAGAUUGCUCGAGUCAAAUUAAAAUUCUAAUUUCAUUUUUCAUAAGUAUAAACAUAAAAAUAGUUUCUGAGACAGUUUCACAGACAAAUUAGGGUUAAAACUGCUGUAAAUGCUUAUUCUCUGGAGCAGUUUGGGAUGAGCUGAACUUGGUAGUUGAGGCAUGUCCUGAAUAGCCAUUCUGGGGGAAUUUCCAUUUGAUGGUUUGGGAGUUUUGCCCUGUUGUGGAAUUGGGGCCGCCUGUGAAUGGUCACCUGCCUUAGCUCUGGGCUCAGUUUUUUAAUUCAUAAAAAGGUCAGAGGUAUCCAAAGGUGAGGUUUCGAUUCCAUGUCUGAGUCACUUAAAUGCUAAUUUUUAAUCAAAACUUCUUGUUGAAUUUAUCUGGUGAAUAUUGGCAAGGAAGUCUCCUAGUAUAGAUUCUCUAGUGGCAUUUCUUUUUAACGGGAUUUUGUCCUUUAAUAAGCAAAAACACAGUUUGCUGCAUUUUGAAUACCUGAUAUUCAAAUGCCAGAUGUGUUUCCUGGCCAGGACUGACCAAAAUGCAUCAUGACAGCAUUGUCCUUGCCUGAUGGGAGCCAGGUUGAUGGAGGCAGCUUCCUAGGUGGGGUAUGUCUGUGAGCCCAGAGCUGAGUGUCCCCAUCUGCUGCCUCAGGCCUGAAUUGCUCUUGGAAGCCCAGUUUUUGAAACACUAUUGCUGUGUGCCAGUUCAUCUGCUAUCACCUUCAGCUUCCCAGGCCAAGGGGAGCAUUAAAAUCCGGUUACAGGAGUGUGAGAGCAUGGGCCCCGUCACUCCAAACCUGCUAUGUUCUUUGCCUUUUUUUUUUAAUUGUUCAGGGGUUUUUUUUGUUUGGGGGGCACGAGGAAUGCAAGAACCCUUCCUUUCUCCUCCUUGUCCAAGGCUGUUGUGCAGAGAGGCCUGUCCACAGCUCCCUCUGGCAAGUAGCACAGCCAGGCUUGAGACACGAGAGGACAGGGCCCAGCUUUGCAAGAACGUCUGAGUAACUCGGGCAAAGCUAAUUUGUUUGACAUCAUUUCUGUACGUAAGGCUAAGUCUGUUUGUGUCCCAUUGUUCUGGCAAAUCCCACGAUGGACGGCAUUUUAUUGACUUCUGCCAGCCGUUCAACAGAGCGCAGCAGCGGAUUUGGCCAUGAGCACUGUUCCAGGAAGCUGCUUUAAUAGAUGCCAAUGCCGAAAUCAAAGGCUGUGGGGCAACAGCUGGGCCUCGCAGGGAACUGUGGCAGCUUCACCACGGGGAGGACCCGAGUGCUUCCCUUGAGUGCAUCCCUGAUCUGCCAGCCGGGCAGGCCAGCAGCCACCUCUGGGCGAGGGAAGCAGGGCAGGAUGAGUCAGUGACAUGGAGUGGGAGGGGGACCUUGAGUUACAGGCCGUGCCAGAACAUGCAAGAUUUGUCUGAGAGUUUUGUGCUUUUCCCCUUUUCAAGGCUAUGGCAUUGCAUGUUCAUGGGCGUUUCUUGGAGGGAUGCUCUUCAGGAAGGGAAACUCAAGGAGAGCCCCCAAGUGGCCUUGUCUGUGUUUGGGAUUUUUGGAAACGCAGCAUCUCAGGUGCUGAGGUUUUGGGUACAAGUCUUUGUGGUUCUGACGUGGUACUUUGGUAGCUUAAUCUGCCUUGUGUCUCAGGAUAGAUGAGUCCUGCAGUGCCUGCUACUGCUGUAGCAGUGCCCUUUCAGGCCAUCCAGGUUUGCUGGAGUGAACCGAUGCACUGAAACACAGGCAGGACUCCCAAGGAGCUGAAAGAGAGGAAAUUCUCUUGCCCUUUCCCCUUGCCUUGUUAAUGCUUCUCUUGACUUCUUUGGUGGCAUGUUCACGAUGUCUCUUGUGCAAAUAGAUAUGAAAGUUCUCCCUCAGGCAUUUCUCAGCCAUCUCCUGAAUUCCUUUCUCCAUCACUAACGAUGUUUUCCAUCAAGAUUACAGCAGGAAAAAAAUGUUCUCUAUGGGCUAGGUGCUCCCCUGUGCGUGAAAAGUGUGUUCAGGAGCCAAGAAACACUAGGAGUUUCUUCCUGAUUGUUCCCAAGAAGAAUGGGGAGUGACGCAGGCAAAGGGCAUGACCUUACACCAACACACACACUCCAAGGCCUGCACAGAAAUGUCCGUGACCUCAGCAUGACAAUGAGGGAUUUGGGGGUGGUCUGGCCCAGUUGGGUGUCCCCUCACAUUCCUCCCUGACCUUUUCCUUCUGGCCCAGAGGGGUUCCUUUCAGCCUCAUCCUUCCUGGCCUACCCAAGACAGCUGUCUCCCCUUCCCACUAGGAGCAGGUGCCCUUGUGUAAUUUGGGUGCCACAUUCAAAUUGCAGCCUGAAAGGACUUUAAAGGGGUGUUUAAGAUGAUGCCAAGUAAAGGUUAGUUUGAUUGCUUUUUAAACCAUUAAGGAUUUGUGAAAUGUACUGGUGGAAUGACUCCACUAAAGGCUUUUCAAGACAAUUAAUCAUAAAGUAGGGCUCUGAUUUUCCCAACCAGCUCUGGCCUAACUCCAAGCCCUGCUGCAGGCUGUAGUAAAACAUUUGUUGUCUUCAGUGGAUACAGACUCAGGCUACUUGCACUGCCUUCAGUCCAUGGAUAUAUAGGCAUUUAUGGCUUUUGAGUGCAGUGGGAUUCUUAAAAAUUCCUAUUUUUUUGUGGUGGUUUCUUGAAUGAGAAGUAUCAUGAUACAUAAGAAGAGCAAGGUGAGAGAUACAAGCCAACAUGUCACUCGAUAACAGCAACUCAGAGAUUUAAGUGUGCUUUGAAUGCUACUCGAAGGUUAAAAACCCUGAGUGGAGGAGGAAGCUCAGGGGCACUUGGCCCAGUGUGUGUGUGUGUCUGUGUGUGUGGGCACAAUUUGGGUAAAGCCUGUUGAAAUCCUGGGCUGCCACAGGGUUCCUGGGGACUGUGCAUUGUCCAUAAUUUCAGUGAAUUGAAGUGACACUGCUUCUCUCCCUCAAUACAAAUAGGUCUAUGUAUGUGCAUUGAAAGAAAACAUGGCACAGAUGGGAGACAAAUUCCCUUUGUCUUUCAAACAUUGGAAUACAUUUAAGACUGUGCAUUGCUUCAUUAUUUUCACAUCCUUCCUUCAGCACUUAAGCUGUGUGCUAAAUUCCUAUUAUGCCAAAUGACAUUUUCUGUGAUCAGUGUCCAGGUGACAUGGAAAAACAUGGUCAAAUAUUGACAGAGGUGCCCUGUAUGUGUCUGAUAGAAAAUCUCUGACUUUAAUGUGCAUACCAUACCUUGUGCUGAUGAGGAGCCAAGACUCUGCCCUAGAUAUUAGGUGGUUUGGUAAUGUUGAACAGCAAGUUUGUCUUUAUUUCUCAUAAAAAUAAUCUUUGUUGACUGAGAGCUUGGGUUCACGCAGAUCAGUACAUGUGCAGAAAGCCCUGCAGAAAACGUUCCAUUAUUCAUUGCAGAAUUCGGGGAAACCCAAACCCCAGCAAUGUGGGGAGAGUCGGACCCCCUGUGCCCCUCACUGUGUCUCUCCUGAGGCCCAUGCAGGGUUUGGAGUGGGGGGCUAUGCCCUGGCAUAGGGGCAGGUCUGUAUGCGAAAGGUGCAGAUCAGGCCCUGCACAAUCUUCUUAUUCUGCACCAGAGAUUUAGUACAGUCCUUUCCACAAGCAAAUUACCCCAGGGUCUAUGGUCUUGUGCAGAAUGCAAAAAUGAUAAUUGAUAGUAAUUACAAUUAAUAUAAAUAAGACAAAAUUACAGUUCCAUAUGAUUUAAUACAAGUCACUGCCAAAGAAGUUGAAGUAAAAGGUUUCCACAUAUCACGUGGAGUGAGAUGGUACAAAAGCAGCUUCGUCUGCUUCAGGUGGCCUGUUAGUUCAGAGGCUUGAGCUUUAACAUGGUUCUUGUCUCUUUGUAAAGCAACAAGCUACCUGGGUUCCAGGCAGGAGCUAAAAGCUUAUUUAGCCUGUGCUAAGGGUGAGCAAGCAGCAGAGGGAAAUAGCACAGAUUGUUGGGCUGAGACCACCAUGCACAGGGUCUGACAUGUCCCAAGGGAGCCAGGCCCAAGGGACGGAGUGGUCAUGGCAUGGGAAUAUAAUGACCUGAUGGUUUUCCACUCUUAAAUCUCUCUCCGUGGUCACCUUUAAAUUUCCCUUCUCCCGCAGUAUGGAUCAGGGCUGUAGCAUCAGGAGGCAGCAGUGCUGCUCUGGCUCAGCAUCCACAGAGGAAGUGAUCCAUGAGAAGGGCAGGAGUGGAGCACAGGGACAAAGGUAUGAGUCCCUGCCUCUGCACACAUUCGGUAAGUUGCAGACCCUGUGCUUGCCUCCCUGCUGCCAUCAGACAAAUACCCAAAUAGCUACAAGGAUGCCACAGGGAUGAAAGUGUUACAGACUUUGAAGGUAGGUCAGAGUUGCUGGGGUAUGGUAAACCAAUGCCUAGUCCCUAAGUAACAGUUUGUAGCAUAAGUAGCAUCUGUAGAUAGAAAACCAGUCUUGCUCCCAGCGUGAACUCUGGGGAAAGCAGGCAAUGUUUCAGCAGCCAGCUGAAAUUAUCCGGAGAUUCCCCUGGCCUGUCAUGCUGCCGUGAAAGUGGAGCCUUCUCUGCCUCUGCUUUUGCUUUUGCUCCUCGCCUCCUUCAGCCCUGCCAUCCAUAAACAACUGGGGGGAGUUUCGGGUGUUACUAAUUUUAAUAAAGUGGUUUUAAGAAUGUUUUGCCUCUCACAGAGCUUUCAUAACAUAUAGUAAUAGAGGCUUUUGGCAGGACCAGUAAAGCAAAUUGCUCCCACCCUCCCUUAGCAUGCGGUAAGCUGUGUGUUCCCCAGCAGCCACGUGACUGAAAGUCUGAACACAGCGCAGCACCUGGGAAGCUGGGAAUGCCCGUAUGAAACACGCAGGCUCCGUGUCCAGCACAGAAACACCAGCCUCUGCUCUCCCACACUCACUGGGCCCAUGAUCUCUGCCAACUCAUGGAGUUCUCUGGAGCUGCUUAUUUUGGAGAUGAUGAGGAAUGUUCUGUCACUGGGGAUGCACAUCCUUGCACCAUGGUUUACUCUAAGCCUUAAUUUUCUUUGCUUUUGAGGGCUUGCAUCAGAUUUUUAGGCACUAUUGAACAGAGACAUUUGUGUUUAUCUGCCUACCUGGUAAGGGAAAGGUAAGCAAUUUUUAUGCUUCAAAUGUCUCUCAUAUCUCCCCAAGGGCAUUUAGUUAUCUCAUUCCUUGGCUGUAGGUACAGUUGUAGUGGGUGUAAGUUACAGCUUCCUCCUACUGUAUCUGCAAAGCAAUCUGGAGCCCAGCUGAGUUCAUAGCGCAGUAUGCAGUGAUCUAUCUUAGAACAAGUAGGGUCGGGAUUUCACACUGCUGCCUUUUUGCCCUUGUUUUAAAUUAAACAAGUUCCUGAUGAUUUGUUUUACAGUGAACACCUGUUUCAGGUGCGGCUGUCACUGUUUGGGUGGUGCUAAUGAUAGGUUAGAGGGCUGUAACACAGGCCUGACAUUUCCUAGGGAUGACACCAGAGCAGUCUGUGCCCCUCACAGGAGCAGAGGAGAAAAAAAUGGUGUCCUGUCUCAGAAGGUUUUGGGAACACCACUGAGGUUAUGCUGGGAAUCAGACUGAAAUGACACUUGUUCCAGUUUUUUCUUGCUUGUGACAUAGCAUAGGAGUCUUGUCCUUUUAACCAAAGUCUGGGGGAAGUGGCUGAAUGCUUUGCUGACAUCUGACCUGAUGCUACCAUGAUUGUAGCCUGGUGUUACAGUUCUUCAAGGCACUUGUGUUUGGAGCUAAGGAUGUCCUGUCAGACUACCUGGCAUCAGCACGCUCCCAGUAGUGGGUUAUUCACAUGUGAAUGAGCAGUGACACAACUUGGUGCUUCUACUUCUACAUCAAGAGUUCUUAGUGUUGCUCUUCUGCUUGCUUCCAAGCUGGAGCUUCCCUCUGCACGAAGGCAACUCCUCCAUCCCCCAGAGCUGGCUACCCAGUUAGUCAAAUACAAGCCAACCAGGAUAGGUGUGCCUUGCUUUUAAUACAGCUUUUAGCUGAGAGGGAACUUUUGAGCAUCUCUCUAGCUCUGCUGGGAGGUUUUGUCCUGAGAUGCACUGCCAAAACAUAAGAGCUUGGCUUUAUGACUUCUUUUUGAAAGCUAUCUUUAGAUUUACCGUGGAAAACUUGCAGAUUAUGGACAGGUAUCUAAUUUUUGACCAUCAAAACACCCUAUUUUGCAACACUGAAGAAAUUCACAAGAAAAUUUAGAUUUUUCUCUGUGUGUCACUGUCUUCAUUCGGCUGGAAUGGAUCGUUUAUAUGAAAGAGAAAAAAGACCCUGCAUCUCAGUAAUAUGUAGCAACAAGCAUUCAUAUCAGUGUAAAUCCCUUACCUUCUCUGCCUGAGUGAAAACUACACAGCAUAAGCCUCUGGGAAAUAAUGCCAACAAUAAUGUAUCAUUCCUUUCAUUUAUAGUUCCCUGGCAAAUGCUCUCCAAAUGCGCCAACUCUACAAACAAUUUGUACAAGCCAUGAAGUAGAAGUCUUGGUAUGUACCAUGAGAGGCAGUGCAUGGUCAGUACGGGUUGUGCAACAUUACCAGUGAAGUAGGAGAGAGAGACGGACUUGCUGCAGAUGGGCAUGUAUCAAACUGGUGAAGUGCAGCUGAGGGGCUUCUGACAGGAUAUUUACAAAUUACUGAUAUCCUGUUUAUGGGAACCGUGUAAACAAUCGAAGGCCGUUGCCCAAAGGCUCCAGUGUUACUCAGAUCUGCGUAAAAGACAGUUCCGACACGUGCAGUGCAGUUGGCAGCUCUGAUGGUGUGACAUGGCAAUCAAAGCUGCUCCGCUGUACUUAAAUGCGCACAGCGAUGCGCAGCGCAUUGCAUAAGGUGCGUGAGACACUGGGAAAACGCUUGCAGAGAGACCUCUGGUUUAGUUUAGUUAACCUGUGCGCCCUUUAAAGUGGCUGGUUUGGAAAGAUGGGUAAUUAGCUUUGUAUACUGUAGCUCUUCCUGGAAAUCUCUCUCCUGGUUCUCAAAGAGGAAUGUUACUGGAACAAACCAGGGGGAAGGGUUGAGGAGGCAGGAUGGAGACAGAAGAGCAGAGCUGUGUUCUGCACAGGCUCUCAGGUCUGGCAUGUUUCACCUGAGACAGGCCGUCUCCUGUGCUGGCUUAAUGGGCUUCUGGCUGAUGUCAGGCUGCUUGUGUGCUGGGUUUGGGCAGGGUAGCUUAAUCUGGGUGUGGAGCUGGAACGUGAGUGUGUGAUGCUUGAGGGGGUGACCUCGGCUGUAGGCACGCUGCAAGUCAAGGGCCAAAAGUGUCUCAUCCCGAGCAUCUGAUGUGCAGCUUCACAAAAAAGGAGUUCUCAAGGAUAUCUGUUGAAAAUCCUAUAGAGGAACUGUUGUUGUUCAGAAGUUUAGCGAGGUUCAGAGACCGAACUUGUGUUUGGCAGCCUUGGCUAAUUCAUCCUUGUUCCCUAGCCCUUAAUUUCCUGUACGAAGGACAAAGACCCUGGCUGCAGGAGGAUCGAUCAAGAACUGCCAGCCAUAGCUUAGUGCUGUUGUUAAUUUAAUAGCAUCGCUGAUCUAAUUGAACCCAGCCCUGGCCUUUGUCCUGUCCCACUUGAUUUACACGCAUGUGUUCCCAGUGUCAUAAAGGAAAUCUCCUGCCUCUCUUAAAUAACACUAAGCUGCAGGAACGAGGACGAGAGGGUGGAUAUGUAGAUACCACACAGAGGAGUUUUCCGUGGAAGUGUUACAGUCAGCCGACUGGCUGCUGCCACCUCCCCUCCAGGACAUCCAGUUGCAGAUUCCUGUCCUGUCCCAUCUCCUAUUUGCACCUCAAACCACCAGCACGGUGGUACCCACGGAUGGAGAGAUGGGACAAGUUCCCUGGGGCCUGGGCCUUCACCUCCCCUUGGCCCUUGGGCGUACCCACGGCUCCUUACUGAGAGAGCAGAGAAAUAUGCAGGCACUGAACACCUUUUAUUUUGCUUUUUAGUGUGGGAGGAAUCCAGGCUGCCCUCUUGAGAUGGGUUGGGGUACAGCCAGCUCUGACCAGAGAACUGGAGUCUGUCUCCUUUCCUGAUAGCUGACAGCAGCCUGACCUGCAUAAAUGGGAGGAAAAAUCAGCAUUGCAGGCAGGUGGUUGCCACCCAUGCAGGAGCUCUCCCUGCCCUUCUCAGCCCCACAGAGGCCUACAGUCCUUCUCUGUGGCUUCCAGCCAGUACCCAGUCUGUGGCUUAGCUGGCUAAUCCAUUUCUUCCAUGUGUGACCUGGGAACGGUGUCCACGGAGACUUGGAUACCUGAGGUGAUAUUCAGACCACUGGUGGGAGGAGAAGGUGACUAGAAGAUGAUUUCACGUAGUCUUGGUCAUUCCCAAACCAAACCCCAGAGGUUUCCACAUACCAUGUGACUCAUGGGCUCUCAAGAGUUGGUGGUACUGAAUUCACGGGAGAUCAAAGAAUAUGGAGUUUUAUAGCAGGCUGGGCCCAGUCAGGGAAAACACCGAAUGGAAAUGUGUUGUUGGGUGUUGCAACCCCAAAAUAUUCCUGACCAGCUUCUUUCCCUUCUACCUGUAGACAGAGAGCAUGAUAUCCAGCCUGGCUCCCAGCUGAUGUGAGCUGGAGGGAGUGCCAUGGAUUAUUUUUGCUGGAGUUGUAGGAGAGCUUCAUUGGGGACCACAGUGUCCUAGUUUGAAAUAAGACUGCAGCAAAGAAUUGGGCACCUGUGUUUAUAGACUCCCUAGGGCAGCCUGUCUCAUCACCUCUGCAUGACAACAGCCAGCACAAUAAAGGCUGGCUGUUUUUUUUUUUUUUGGUCACUUCAGUAAUAGUAAUGAUUAACAGUAAUUAUCAGAACAGUAGUGGGAGUGUCCCAUAAUGCUAGUGGAUGGGGGAAUUCCACUAAGCACAUCUGCUCCAAUGCUUAGUGCUGGUUACCAGGCCAAACAAAUAUACUGGGGACCCGUGGCUCUUUCCUAGAUUUGGUUUCUGGAACAUGUUCUGGCUAAGCUGGUUUCAGGUGAAUUGCUGUUUACUCCAUCAUCCCUAAUGACACAUUCCUCCUGCCCAGGGUGCCCCAGCUCCCUGUGUGCAUGGCUGGUGUGCAGGUGACAGUCACUGCUGUGUCGCAGCCAAAACGUGGAGUCUGCGGAUGGCUGAAGUCCCGGUGGUGGAGCAGGGCCUGGAGCACAGGGCGAGUCACAGCUCAGUGCUGCUUUGGAUUCAGCAGGCCAAGCACAGGCAGGGAAACAGCCCUCUAGUCAGCCUUUCCUCUGCUCCUACAUGCUUGAGAUAUAAGAGCAAAAUAUUUAUCAAGGGCCAAAAUACACUUGCCAAAGGGAUUGAAGCCAGUGUAGCCAAGGCCUGUGAUGGCCAAGAUUCCCAGAUGGAGCAGUGAAGAGUCAGGGGCUCUGCUGAUGGUGUGUGUGCAGCACAUAUUGCUCAGGCUUUAGUGCAGGCCUUAAAGGCUGGCCCCGUGCUUCAGCAGGUCUGUGCUUCUCACUGACAGUGUCUUCCUCUUGUCUUCCCCAUGCUGGCACCAGCUGUCCCGAUGGGAGGGGGAGGUACAGGAGAGGGAUGGAAGGUCGUGGUGGAGAGCCCACAGCCAGGAGGGACUGCUGUGCAGAAAACCUGAGAGCAGCUGGUGAGUCACACCAGUCCCCACCGCAGUGGGUUUGCUGUCAUUUCAUUGUCCUGAGGUGGAUGUCACUCUCUGGGCAGAGCCAUCGAGCGGGUGGGCUGUAGGGUUGUCCACCAGGAACGUGCUGCCAUGUAGAAAUUUCAGUUCUAUUGGCUCCUGAUCCGGGGCCUAAAUGAUGCACCCAUGCGUGCACAUGGUGACUUGUCAGAGAAGGCAAUUUUCGUCUUUGCAUAUGUUCUGUCUCUCAGUGGUUCAUCCUUGUCCCUGAAGAAUGAGAAAUUCUCUGGAAGAGAUUAAUUUAUAAACUCAAAAGAAGUGCUGAUGGACAGAACAGCACACAGGACUGAUGGGUAUGGGGCUGGUGUUCUCCCAGCUUGCUUGCGACCUACUACAUGCUGUGGGGAAAUCCCCUUUGCUUCAAGCUUUAUCCUUCUAUUAUUCUGUUCUAUGUAAUUACUCUAAACAGUUCACCCAAAGCAAGAAGAAAUAAUUAAUAGAUACAGGGGCAGUGAUAUGGGGAGGACUUGGCUUGAUAGCACUCUCAGCAAGGGCACAGGUUUGUCUAGCACCAAGUAAAGGGAGAAGCCAUGGAAAGACUCCACAAAUGAGAGAAGCUUCAACCCCUCGGAGGCUAAGAAAUCACUCAGCAUGGAGCACCGGGCUGUAAUUAGGAAAGGGAAAUCACCCAGCUGAGCAUUAAGAAGUUCUUGCUGCCCGUGAGAUGUGUUGAGCCAUUCAGGAUUUGCCCAGGGGAGAGUAAUGGAAAAGUCAUACAAGCCAGGAGAACGAAGUUUUAAAACUGCCCUUUAGGGAGGAGUGCAGCACGAACUGGGAGACCUGUCUCCCUUUUCAAUGCUAUCUUCUGAGAUGGAUGAGAAGUAGCUGCUUGGGGGUUUUUUCUUUCUUUUUUAAAUGGCUGGUUAAUGCUGACCCAAGAAGUUGGCAAAGAAAUCAGUGAAUUUGGGUAAUUGUUCUUUAUUUUAAUAGCAAAACAUCUGUGUUGUCCAGUAACUUUGACCUCAUGCUGUGUUUACAGGAAGAGGCAUAGGCCACUUUCAGCCCUGGGUGCAGAAUUUGAACUCUUAUAGUUUAUAGGAGAGACUGGUUGUUUAAGAACACUUGACCUAAUUCAUCCCUCACAUUCAUGGCAAAUUUGACCUUUAAAUGGAGUAAUUUGGCUCAAGGUUUUUUCUGUACUCCAUUUCCUCCAGACGGUUGUGUCUACGUAUUCCAGUUAAAAAUACAUUCCCUUCUUAGGGCAUUUGUGUUCCCAUCAGUCCCAAGACUAAUUUAUGAUUUACCAUUUAUGAUUUUCGUAAAAUCAUGGAAUCAUUUAGGUUGGAAAGGCCCUCUAAGAUCAUUUAGUCCAACCAUUCCCCCAGCACUGCGAAGCCCACCUCUGAACUGUGACCCCAACACCACACCUAUGUGCCCUUUAUAUCCCUUCAGGAACUUAAUAUUAAUCUUGUGUAGUUCAAAUGAAAAUGCCAUCAAGAGUGAGGUGCAUUCCAACUGACAUCUGACCUUCUGAGACUAUUUCUUGACCAUCUCUCAUGCUGUGCCAUAAAAGCUUGCUGUAUGUAAGUCUGCUUACACACAUACUGACGUGCACUCAUGCUGUUUGAAAAGUGCUGGAUGAUUUUCCCAAGAAUUUAUGAAAUUGCUGCUUUUUGUUACUUUGCGCGUGCACAUAACAGUGAUGAGUGCAUCAGUGCAAGACUAGGAAUGAUUUUCCUUCCAUUUCAAAAGUACUUUCUAACAAGAAAAGAUGUUGAUUUUGCGAAUUGGUGUUGUUUUCAACAGAUGAAAGCAAUGCAGAUCCAUCCCCACAGCAGCAACGCAUAAAACCAGGUGCAAGUCCUACAGAAGGCAGCUAAGGUAAGUGCUACAGACACUUGCCAUGUAUGGUUUUAGUUUUGUAAAAACAUAUAGAUAAGGUGGCAGUUUGUUGCUGUGAACACGUGUAUUCUUCUACAGCAAAUCUCCUCAUUUUCUCCAUGAGGAAAAUAGACACCACAGAAAAAUAUACAUUUAAGCUCUGUUUUUUCCUCUUUAACUCAAAAGGGGCAUGUUGUUCAUAGAAAGUGCUGUGUGUCAUCAGUGGUGGAUACGCUGACAGACAAGGCUCAGUCUGUAGCCUUGCAAUUAGCACUGCUGUGAAUCUGCUGCUCUGUCCCAAAAGGAGAGAUGAAUGCUUGAGACAUUGGAAGGGGCUAAAGCAAGGAGUUGAGCUGAACCUCUGUACUUUGUAAAGAGAGGAUUUCUUUAAAGGUGGUUAUUAAGGCGUUGCAAGGUAAUAAAGCAAGCGUUUUGCGCAAGUUCUUAAGGCA